AUGAAUACAACCUCGGAGGCAUCUUACGUUCUGCCGGCAGACGCUUCGGCCGCGGCAGUCACACAGCUGGGGAUAGGACUAGGGGAAUCGCCAGACUCACACGACGAUUCACGCGAUGAUACACAUGACGAUGACGAUGAAGACACUGCCACGGUGACUAACGGGACAUCUUCUUCAUCUACAAGGAAAAAAAACCCUUUGGGAAGUGCAGCGAAAGAUGGGGCACCUAAAAAGAAACGGCGGAGAUCUCGAAAGGGUCUGGCCAAGGUUUUUGAAUGCACUGAACCAUCGUGUGGCAAGCGUUUCACGCGGCAAGAACAUCUUGCACGACACCAGUUAAACCACCGGCCUAAAAUGAUUUACCGAUGUAGCUGGCCUGAUUGUGGGCGCGAGUUUGUGCGUGAAGACCUGCGACUACGACAUUAUAACCGACACUUGCGCCGCAACGGGCCGAUCCAAAACUCAACUCCUGCGAUUGCAUCAACAGUCAAAAGUACCGAGGCUGAUACAAACGGGUCACCGACAACUUCAGCUCCGGUAUCAGCAACAGCAAGUCAGGAACCGGGCCAGUCACCUAUGUCUUCUUCAUCCUCGGAUUCACCUGCAACAACUCCGUCAAUAGGUCCUGGUACGUCUGCAGCACUAAGUUCUUUACCAUCAUAUGAAACUUUAUGUAAACAGCAACAGGCUUUGGCUAGAACUUCAGUAGGGAAAUCAUCGGCAGUGCAACAAAUCACAGACUUUAUUCUACCUUCUGCAGCAGCAGCAGCAGCAGCAGCAGCAGCAGCAGCAGCGGCUUCUUCUUCUUCUUUGUCUACAAACAACAGUAACAACAGUAACAAAAACAGCCUAAGCGCUGCAACAGGCCCUGCGGGUGGUGGGGCCACUGGAAGUGUAGCAACUGCAACCGCACAAACUUCUGGAGCAACAAUCUCUGCAACAGCACCCAAUAACUCACCACUCCCAUUCCCUUGGAUGCAGGCAGCUCCUUCAACAGCACUGGGACCCCAACCACCGUUCCUAGUACCCCCAAUUGCCAGUGACCCCGCAGGAUCAUUUCCCUCUCAUGCAAAAUCCGGGGGGUUGCCACCCCCAGGCCGCACUUUUUGUAAUCCAGCCGUAUUCUCCAAUAGCCGGGGCCCUGUGUUACCACCAGUCUCUUCCAGUGGAACCGGAAUAAGAUCCACAGGCAAUCAUAACGAUAUCCCUUGCACUGCGACCUUAAAUACAUUCUCUAAAGCACAACAGACUACGGGUAGUUCUGUGAGUAGUGGUGAUGAUGACAGUGGUCUCAGUGUAAGCACAAAUGUCUCUCUACCGACUCUAAAGUCUAUUGACCCAUCGUCAACAUCAACCCCUCAAACAACAACAGUAGCAGGGACUACACUGGCGACUGCUGCAACAGCAACACAAGCUUCUUCAACUACAGAACCAGCUCAAACAGGCUCAACUCCUAUAUUUAAUGAUGACACUUUAAGUCUUUUCAAUCCACUAUACAGCAUGAGCCCAACGCUUCUUUUUUCCGAGCCUGAACCAAGAAAUGACCCCGGAUCAGUGGGUCCAGGACUGGGGACUUCAACUUUUGGUACAGGACCAGGAAGUCCAUUGAACACUAACGACCUAAUUUCGUGGCUCUUUUCGGAUGCUCUUUUGCAAAACGUACGAGACCCGGUUCUUUCACCAGCAUACCCAACAACUGACUCGCCAAUGGCAUUACAAAAUAUGCUUGCGCCGCCAGUCCCAUCAACCCAAGGCGAGUUAAUAUCACUUUCCGAGUCAAAACGCCAGCGUCUGCUGCAGUUGAUCCCUGAGGUUGUGGAACCAGCACCUAAACCCGGGGAGAUUGGGGCUGAGGAAAUUAAGGGUUUAGAAUUCCCACCGACGGCAGGGACGCCGGUUGGGAAAAACGUGCCGUUUUACUUGCACACUACGUUACCGUACUUGCAAAAGUACAUUGCCAACUACUGGAUUUUUUUCCAUACACAAUACCCAAUUCUCCACAGACCGACUUUUACAGCUGAUAGAUGUCCUGAGGGCUUAUUAUGGGUUCUAGUACUUAUUGGAGCAACAUAUGACCGUGCAAAUGAGUUUGCUCGCAGAGUGGCAGAUCCUUUACGAUGGAUACUUUUCGGGUCGCCAGAGUUUGACCCUCCAGCAAAGUUGUGGGUAAUUCAAGCUUUGAUUCUUUUGGAAAUGUAUGAGAAAAGCAUGGCAAAUCGCAAACUUCACAUUCGCGGACACAUUCACCAUGGAAGCAUUUUACAGCUUAUUCGGCGUGGUCCCAUGCUAACUGGCUCAUCUAUGGCAGAUACUGAAGCUGUUCACCAGCAACAACAUGGAAUGCCACAACAACAUGGAAUUCAGGGAUCGCAGCAGCCCCAACAGUCAGAGCUUGAUCCGUGGAAACGCUGGAUCCAGUUUGAAGAAACUAAGCGAUCAGCGUUACUUGCAUUUGUGUUGGAUACCAACCAUGCCAAUCUGUUUGGUCAUACAUCACUACUGGCGGUGCAUGAACUGCGCGUAUCUUUACCAUGCAACAAGGAGCUAUGGGAAUGUAAUGAUCCCGUACAAUUAAGCGCUUACUUUGCGCCCUCUCAAAAUGGUUUAGGUCAUAACCAAACAGGACCUGGAGGCGUUGCUACGGUGCCAUUCAUCGAUGCUCUCAAAAUGACACUCAAUAAUAUACCAGUACCUACAGAACCGUUUGGGCGCAAGGUCAUUUUAUCUGGACUUCUUUCAAUUCAGUAUAACAUGCAACAGCGUGACCUUCAAGUUAUAUCGCUUGGGUGGGAUGCAUUCCGUGGUACCUGGAGAGAUCUUAUGCGCAAGGCCUAUAUGUUUUGGCGCAAUGACUACAAGGCAGCACUAAUAAAUGCCGAAAGACGGAAAAAGGAGAUGAUAUCAGGUUCCAAUGAGCAUGUAAUUCGGGUUUCAUUGGAAUCCCAGGAAGAUGCAAAUGAGGCUAUUGCACUUCUUCAACGACAACACCAACUUAGAGAAGCAGCCGCAGCGUCUUCUUCUUCUUCAUCUGUGGUCAUUCCCUCUAAACCUCCAUCUCGCUUUGCUUUGGAAGUUGGAGGCUGUGCAGAUCCCUUCUUGCACUUGGCAAUGGUGCACAUGUCAGUUUCGCAGCUUGACUUGCAAUAUUUUUGUGGCGCGCCAUCAAUCUUCAACAACUCGCUCAAGACGUGCGAUUAUGCUGCAGCUGAGCGCCGAAUCAGAGCGUGGGUUAAUACGUCUAGCGGUGGUCCCGAGGCGUUACAUUUUGCAGUUCAUUUCCUUAAAGAAAUGUACUUGGUGGAGCAUGCAUCUGAACAAGCACACGACGUGGAUGUAUGUCCAAACCCAUACAUUGCACCUUCAAGAGAAAGAAGUAGCGAUGGACCUACAACGGCCGCACACCCGACUCGUAAUCCAUACAUUGCUGCCAACGAUCCAAUUCCUCAUCGGCCGUUCAUUGUGUUCAUCUGCGCCAUGGUGGUGUGGACUUAUGGAUACGUUUUACAAGGCCCUGAGUCACGCACGCUGUGGGUGCAGCCACCUCCGCUUGACCCGAGUGCAGGACCAGCAACACCCAAGCUACUUGGUGAGCAUGUGUUUAAGCAUAUGAGCGGGGUGAUGCACCAGCGGGAUGGCUUGGAGUACAUUGCAUGGCUAGCACAAGAAACGUCGCGCGCCAUGGCACAAAAGAGUGGCACUGGAAGUAGCAAUGGCAGUAGCAGCUGCAAUAUCAGCGGUAGUAGUACUGGGAGCGGAAAUAGCAAUGGCAAUGGCAAUGGCAACGGCAGUGGCAAUAGCAAUAGCAAUGGAAAUGGCAACGGCAACGGUAACGGUAACGGAUCGUCUACCAGCACCGGAACUAGCAUUCCAUGGCAGCCUCCUACAGGUCCUAGUCCAGGACGCCGACUUAACCAAACGGUUGGCUUUCUUAAGCUUGUUAUUGAUUCACUGCGUAAUCAUAACUGGGAGCUUGUUAACGAGGGCGAGCGGCUGCUCAUCAACUGCCUGGAGCGGUCGCUGGGCAAGACCGAGACCAAAUGCCACUAUUUACGGUGGGAGUGCUGA